UUCCUUGUCCUCCUCGUUUGUAGCAUCCCUUGAAUGCUCAGCUAGUCUCCCGAGUUGAACCAGCUCUUCAAAAAAAAGACCCGUGUUUGUCAAUUACCAAGCGGUCUCCGUUAUCUCAGCCAUGGCUAGCUACCAUAAACCCGACGAGAAGACUUUGCAGGGUCUGAAAGACAUCGCUAACAAGCUGCGGAUCAACUCCGUCAAGGCAACGUGCGCCUCCAACUCCGGUCACCCCACCACAUGUUGCAGUGCAGCAGAGCUGAUGUCCGUGCUGUUCUUCCACACCAUGCGUUAUAAAGCUGCUGACCCACGCAACCAGUGCAACGACCGCUUCGUGCUGUCUAAGGGUCAUGCUGCACCAAUCCUGUACGCUGCCUGGGCGGAGGCGGGCUUUGUGAAGGAGGCCGACCUGAUCAACCUGAGGAAGCUCGACUCUGACCUGGAGGGUCACCCCACACCUAAACUGGAGUUUGUUGACGUGGCAACGGGGUCUCUGGGACAGGGGCUGGGGGCCGCCUGCGGGAUGGCCUACACUGGGAAACACUUCGACAAGUCCAGUUACCGUGUGUACUGCAUGAUGGGUGAUGGGGAGUGUUCAGAGGGGGCUGUCUGGGAAGCCAUGGCGUUCGGUUCCCACUACAACCUGGAUAACCUGGUGGCUGUUAUCGACGUUAACCGCCUGGGACAGAGUGAACCUGCUCCUCUCAAACACGACAUGGACGUUUACCGCAAGCGCUGCGAAGCGUUCGGGUGGAACACGUAUGUGGUGGAUGGUCAUGACGUUGAGGAGCUGUGUAAAGCUCUGUGGCAGGCCCAGCAGGUGAAGGGGAAACCCACUAUGAUCCUGGCCAAGACCUUCAAGGGCAGAGGACUCAAAGGCAUUGAGGAUAUGGAGAACUGGCAUGGGAAGCCCAUGCCCAAGGACCGGGCCGAGGAGGCCAUCAAAGACUUGGCGGCUCAGAUUCAGAACCCCAACAACACUGUCUGCCCCGAGCUACCUAAAGAAGAUACCGCCCCCGCUGACCUCUCACCUAUCAGCCUGCCUUCCCCGCCCAACUACAAGAUUGGGGAUAAGGUGGCUACUCGUAAGGCGUACGGCGUGGCCCUGGCUAAACUGGGUCAGUCCAGUCCGAGGGUGGUAGCUCUGGACGCUGACAUGAAGAACUCUACCUUCUCUGAGAUGUUCCACAAGGCCUACCCUGAACGCUUCGUAGAGUGCUUCAUCGCUGAGCAGAACAUGGUGAGCGUGGCGAUUGGCUGUGCCACGAGAGACCGCACAGUGGCCUUUGCCAGCACCUUCGCUGCCUUCCUGUCCAGGGCCUACGACCACAUCAGAAUGGCCGCCGUCUCCGAGUCUAACAUCAACCUGGCUGGGUCUCACUGUGGCGUCUCCAUCGGUGAGGAUGGCCCCUCCCAGAUGGCGUUGGAGGACAUUGCUAUGUUCCGCGCUAUCCCAACAUGCACUCUGUUCUACCCCAGCGAUGGCGUGUCUGCUGAGAGGUCUGUAGAGCUGGCUGCUAACACCAAGGGAAUCUGUUUCAUCCGCAUCACCAGACCAGAACUGAAGGUGAUCUACGACCCCGACGAGAAGUUUGAGGUGGGCGUGGCCAAGGUGGUACGUCAGUCUGACAGCGACAAGGUGACCGUGAUUGGAGCUGGAGUGACUCUGCAUGAAGCUCUGACUGCUGCUGACCAGCUGGCCAGCGAGGGAGUGAACAUCCGUGUGAUUGACCCGUUCACCAUCAAGCUGGAUGCCGCCACCAUCGUAUCGAGCGCCCGCGCCACCGGAGGGAGAAUCAUCACCGUGGAGGACCACUACAGAGAGGGGGGUCUGGGGGAGGCGGUGCUGUCUGCAGUAGGGGAGGAGCCUGGUAUCGUCGUGACGCGGCUAGCGGUGAACCGUAUACCCCGGAGUGGAAAACCUCAGGAGUUACUCGACCUGUACGGCAUCAGCGCCAAACACAUCGUCGACACCGUGCGCCAGACCUUCGCCAACUGAGACGAUCGUCUCAUCGGUUGUCUCCCAAAUGGCACCCUAUUCCCUAUGUAGUGCACUACUAAUGACCCGGUUUCCUAUUGGGCUAGUGCACUAGGUUGGGAAUAGGGUGUCAUUUGGGACAUCUCUUUCCCUCAAGUCUGUACACAUUUACCAACUUCAUCUUCUCCAUCCCUCCCUCCGCAGUCUGAGGGGAAAGUACUUUAAUACCCUGUAUAUAGCCUCCAAAGAGGGCUUAAAAACCCAACUUCUCUCCUCACAUCUACCACUAGUGUUAAACAGAACAGGGCUCUCUAGCGCCCCUUGUGGCUGUAAGGCAGAGUGCAGCUCUGUACUGUGUAGCGUCACAGCAGCAGAGCCGAUAGGCUAGCUGUCAGCGGAGAGGGAGGGGUCUGAGUAAUGUCUUGACCAUCCCAGAAGGGUAAUAUGCAGUCAUGGGUCUAGAUAACUCCUUACACACCUUAAUGCAGCCUCAUUCUAAUGAAUCCUCUUUCCUUUCUGCUAAACUGUAAUUGAGCAUUAAGGCCUGAGGGGGGGGUGGUAUAUGACCAAUAUACCACGGCUCAGGGCUGUUCAUAGGCACAACGUAUCGCAGAGUAUACAGCCCUUAGCUGUGGUAUAUUGGCCAUAUAUCACAACCCCCCCCCGAGGUGCCUUAUUGCUGUUAUAAACUGGUUAUAGAUAUAACAGUAAAAUACAUGUACGGUCUUAUACCAGGGCUUUCAGGACUCGACCACCCGGUUUCUAAUCUGCCUUUCUGUAAGUGAUGUUGAUGGAGUGUUAGAUUCCAGCUGAAGCAUGGUGACUGUCGGGGUUCGUCCCGUUCACUAUCUAGGGAACCGGGUGCCAUCUGAGACCAUCCUGGGUAUAGAACGAGGUUUGUUUUCAGUUUGUCGUGUUCUCUGCACGGCCAGACGACGCUGAACUAUCAGUCUCUGUGUGUUAUAGUUUUUCAAAUGGAGAUAAAAUGUAGAUUUCUCUUUUCAGAUCUUUGUUUCUUGGUUGGUCUCUUCAUUCCAGCUGUUAACAAUCAUCUUUUCAUCUCGUUCCACAUUCCGUGUGUUUCCAUGGUUCCACAUUCCGUGUGUUUCCAUGGUUCCACAUUCCGUGUGUUUCCAUGGUUCCACAUUCCGUGUGUUUCCAUGGUUCCACAUGCCGUGUGUUUCCAUGGUUCCACAUGCCGUGUGUUUCCAUGGUUCCACAUGCCGUGUGUUUCCAUGGUUCCACAUGCCGUGUGUUUCCAUGGUUCCACAUGCCGUGUGUUUCCAUGGUUCCACAUGCCGUGUGUUUCCAUGGUUCCACAUGCCGUGUGUUUCCAUGGUUCCACAUGCCGUGUGUUUCCAUGGUUCCACAUGCCGUGUGUUUCCAUGGUUCCACAUGUCGUGUGUUUCCAUGGUUCCACAUGCCGUGUGUUUCCAUGGUUCCACAUGCCGUGUGUUUCCAUGGUUCCACAUGCCGUGUGUUUCCAUGGUUCCACAUGCCGUGUGUUUCCAUGGUUCCACAUGCCGUGUGUUUCCAUGGUUCCACAUGCCGUGUGUUUCCAUGGUUCCACAUGCCGUGUGUUUCCAUGGUUCCACAUGCCGUGUGUUUCCAUGGUUCCACAUGCAUUGCGUUUUCAUGGUGUUCCACAUGCAUUGCGUUUUCAUGGUGUUCCACCUGCUUGAUCAUGAACCUCUCCAUAGCGCUGUUAGACACCAUGCCAGCUCCAGGAGGAGCCAGACGGUUCCUGGUUAAUGUCUGCUUGUUGCUGGUCAUCGCCUUAAUUAGCAGUGAAACUGACGCAGGGAAUUUACAUUCAAUGGACCUGAGUUGUAUGUAUUAAACUUACAUGACUUGUUGUAACUGUUAUAUGAACUAAUGUGUUCUUCUAGGCUGGUUGUGGUGGGUGUCUGGCCCGUGUUGCUUUCUGGGUAUUAUCUGACCCUAGUGUCUCCACACAGUCAUGUCUGUUGCCAGUCAACGGUUGGUUUGCAUUGCCAUGGUAAUGCUGAAAUAAUAAACUACAACUUGACCCAA